AUGGGGGACGAAGGUUAUCGAGGAUGGAUUAAGCUCGAAAUUCCGUGUUUCGAGCCGGAGCGCCACAUGAAUAAUAUUAUUCGAUGUCAUACAACGAAAUUGGAGCCAGCUCUGAACAGCUACAACAUGAGAAUUCACACAAAAGGACAGGUUCAGGCGGUUGAGGAGCAAGAUUGUGAGCCGUUUUACGAGUCGAAUUAUGAGAUCGUCUCCUCGCACUUCUCGCAUCACUUGAUAAUAGCGAUUCAGAACUAUUUGAAGAGUUUGUCAAUGGACCGUCUGAUGCCAUUCCAACUGGGCAAUCUGGUCCUUCACAGUUCCGACUUCUGGUCGUCCGAACUCACAUGCCACCUGGCUGACAUCCCUCUAUCCGCAUUCUUUUUCGGCAAUAUCCAAGGAGGAACGUUCAUCAAUCACUGGGAAGUGUCGUUCUGGGAGGACACACAUCGCAGAAAUCGUCUCCGACAGAAGAAUAUGCAACCGACGGCGUCGGAUCGUCAAGGAUUGAAUCAGAUUCGUGUGGAAUUCGAGUUCGACAAAGUCGACUUCAUGACAGUUCAUUUUAAGCAUAAGGAAGGGGAUUUUGAAGUGAUUUCGAAGGAUUUUAGGAAGACCAGAGAGACUGUCACCAUGUAUUAUCAGAUUACGGUCCGUCGCACUUCGAUCCGUCGUGUAAUUGUGGAUCCAGUCGUCAACGAUACGAACGGAGGUGAUCGAAUUCGCAUUCAUUUCGAGCUCAACUGCCCGGUGCUCAUCAGAAGAGCCUAUAAGACGGAGAAACAAGAGGCUGAAGCCAAACACCAAGUCCCGCACUAUCGUCGUUUCCUGGUCAUCAAUCGUGGACGAUCGGCGAAUAUGUAUCCGACGCCGAAAGCCAUCACGGAUAGUCCAGUGUUCACUAUAGAGUUUGAUACGUCUGUCAGUCUCGAAGAAGUGUAUCGACUGAUCUCACGUCUUCGCAUCCGCACCGGUGUCUCCAUCGAAUUUGCCACAAUACCAUCAGUCGAUUGUCUCAUCUGGCGAGAGAAUCCGUAUCAUCGUUGGACGUUUCACGGCAGCUCACACCUAUCGCCAACGCACUUCUCGGCGCCGAUUUAUCGCGAUUUUAUUACUACUGCGUUCCCACGAAAACACGAAGUGUGCGGAUCCCGUGAAGUGGAUACGAAUCGCGAGCGAAAAUUCGCCAUCACCUACCUCCUGGAAUGUCUCAUCUCGAGAGGAGCCGUCGUCAAGGAUCAGAUUCUUCUCGACGACACGAUUUGGCAUCGAUUCUUGGAAGUGAUUCUGCAUUACUACACGAAGGACGAUAAGCUCUGCGAGGCGGGUCUCGAGGAUUUGGUUCAUAUGAUUGAUGGAAGAAAGCGAAUCGGAUCGUUGAUCAAGUGCUUCGAUCGCAUCUGUCAAACACGUCAAAAGAACAGUCUAGUCAAUGGUCUGACGACUGAGGAGAUGCGUGAAGGCUAUCAACGCGUCCGAAAGAUCAUCUUCACGCCUACACGAGUCAUCUACGUGGCGCCGGAGACGUUGAUGGGAAAUCGAGUACUCAGACGAUAUGAUCACGACGGUACACGCGUUCUCCGCAUCACUUUCCGCGACGACGACAAUCAGAAGAUGCGAACGAAUAAGACGUCGACGCUUCUGGAGAAGACUGUGAAUACGUACCUGAUGAAUGGUAUUACGGUGGCCGGAAGGAAUUUCGGCUAUCUUGGAAGCUCCAACUCGCAGAUGAGAGAUAAUGGAGCGUACUUUAUGGAGAAGUACUCGAGUUCGCAGUGUAGAGAGUACGAAAAAAUGUGUCGAAUGGCUCCGCCGAUAACGUUCAAUCCGAAGAUUCAGGCGGCCAGGAAGAAUUUGGGACGAUUCGAAACGAUUGAUAAUAUUCCGAAGAUGAUGGCACGGUUGGGACAGUGUUUUACGCAGAGUCGGCUCUCCGGAGUGAAUCUCGACCGUUGCACCUAUGUGACAAUGUACGAUUUGACGGGCGGAAAGAAUAUCAAGGGAGACGAAUACACGUUCUCGGAUGGUGUUGGUAUGAUGAGCAUGAAUUUCGCGCAAAUGGUCUCGCAGGUCAUGGAUUUUGGAAAGGGCGUUCCCAGCUGUUUUCAGUUCCGUUUCCGUGGUAUGAAAGGAGUGAUCGCCGUCGAACCGUUCCUCGAUGAUCUCCGUCAAUGGUCCAUCGAGAAUGACAUCCAAGAAGUGUCGGAAGACACGGCAUGGGGUCUGAACUGUGUAUUCCGUCCGUCGCAAAUCAAGUUCAUCUCGAAACGCCAUCCAAGGGACCAGGUGGAAAUUGUCAAGUACUCGUCGCCAGUCCCAGUUUCGCUCAACAAACCGUUUAUCAAUAUUCUGGAUCAGGUAUCAGAAAUGCAAUCGUUGGAAUGCCAUCGACGAGUCACGAAUCGCAUCGAGGAGUUGUUGGAUCGACAGAUGCUCUCGUUUGCACAACAAAUGAUCGAUGAGACGUUUUGUAGGAAUCGGCUGAAGGAGCUUCCUCGUCGCAUCGACAUUGACUAUCUCCGCACAACGUGGGGCUUCACACUAUCCAGCGAGCCGUUCUUCCGAUCUCUUAUCAAGGCAUCCAUCAAGUUCUCCAUUACCAAACAACUGCGCAAAGAGCAAAUCCCAAUCCCGGCGGAUCUCGGCCGCUCGAUGCUUGGAGUCGUCGACGAGACGGGACGUCUUCAAUACGGCCAAAUCUUCGUCCAAUACACACGAAACUUGGCGCUCAAACUUCCACCAAAAAGUGCGUCUCGCUCGGUGCUCACCGGUACCGUACUCCUCACCAAGAAUCCGUGCAUCGUCGCCGGCGACGUCAGAAUCUUUGAAGCCGUCGAUAUCCCAGAACUGCAUCACAUGUGUGAUGUGGUGGUGUUCCCACAGCAUGGACCACGCCCACAUCCAGAUGAAAUGGCUGGAUCGGAUUUGGAUGGAGACGAGUAUUCGAUCAUUUGGGAUCAGCAGCUGUUGUUGGAUCGGAAUGAGGAUCCGUUCGAUUUUACUUCGGAGAAGCAGAAGUCGUCGUUCAAGGAGGAGGAGAUUGACGAUCUGAUGCGUGAGUUCUACGUCAAAUAUCUGAAACUCGACUCCGUGGGAACCAUCUCCAACAGCCAUCUCCACAACUCGGAUCAGUACGGUCUGAACGCGAGAGUCUGCAUGGAUUUGGCCAAGAAGAAUUGCCAGGCAGUGGAUUUCACAAAGUCCGGACAACCGCCAGAAGAGUUGGAGAGAAAGUGGAGGAAAGACGAAGUGACAGGCGAGAUGAUUCCACCGGAACGUGCCGAACGAGUGCCCGACUAUCAUAUGGGCAACGAUCACACGCCGAUGUAUGUCAGCCCACGACUCUGUGGAAAAUUGUUCCGCGAGUUCAAAGCCAUCGACGAUGUGCUGAAAAUCUCGGAGGAACGCGAUGAACAAGUCGAGAUUACGAUCGACGAGACGAUUAUGGUGGAUGGAUACAAAGAGUACAUGCACAGUGCCAGAGAAGACUUGGCGAGAUAUAAUGCACAGUUGAGAUCAAUGAUGGAAAACUAUGGAAUCAAGACGGAAGGCGAGGUGUUCUCCGGAUGCAUUGUGGACAUGCGUAAUCGAAUUUCCGACAAGGAUCAGGACGAUAUGUCGUUUUACAACACGAAUCAGAUGAUUGAGACCAAAGUCACGAAUCUGUACAAGAAGUAUCGAGAGCACUUUUUCGAGGAAUUCGAAGGUGCGUGGGAAGCAAAUACCGAAGGAACGUCUCGUGGCGAAAGUGAUACGAACAUUCUCCAACGACACUGUCGUGCUCCGACGCAGAACAUGAUGAAGAAGGCUGUCGCGUGGUACAGAGCUUGUUAUGAAGAAGCCCGCGUGACGCGUGAAAACAAGAAGCUCUCAUUCGCAUGGCUCAUGUACGAUGUGUUGGCGAUGGUGAAACAAACGAAGAGUCUAACAUCGGACGACAUCCGAAUGGGCGGUUCCAACCCUCUCUACACUAUGCUCGACGCCCAUCGUUCUCAAUACCUACUCGAUAAUCGAUCGGUGUUCGAAGACUACAUCCGCUUCGCUCCGUCCAAAAACCAGGGAGAACAAGUAGCGCGAGCACUGGAAAUCAUUCGAAUGUACGUGGAAACGAAUCCGGGUCUCGAAGAGGUGAUGUUCGUGAUAAAUGAGUGGGCGAGAGCGUCGAAACUGUUCGAGAAUCAGCCCAUUCGAAAUUAUCACCUAUCACUGCUGUUCAUUCUGUUCGCCACAAGACAAUUCUCGUCGGUAGAUGGAAAUGCGGCGGCGUUUUUCCCGAAAAUUGAUGAGAGAGGGUGGAGAGAGGAGAAGGCGAACGGAGAGUUCAAGCAGGGACUGGAGUUUAUGGAAAUGAAGAAAUCGCAGAUGAUCGUGAAAUUCCUGGAAUUCCUGGCGUCGCGAAAAUUCCGUAAACUCCCGAAUGUCUCGUUCCGCACGCUUCGAUUCUCGUCGAUUUUCAUGCGAGGCGAAUGGCAAAUCUUCCACGUGGCAGCACUCAAAACCUACUACAACCUGCUGUUCAAUUUGCGCUUCGAGGAGUUGCCAGUGUCGACGGAUCCAACGAUGACGGUCCGAAGCAUAAUUCGCGAGAACGAGCCGUUCGUUGUCGAGUUGCCAGCCGACGCCGAUCGCACGCUGGUCCAUCGUAAGCUCAUUGAGCACACUGGUGUCGAGGAGAUUUACAUGCGAAACAUGGAGAAAUCGGUUCGCGGAGUGGAUGAACAGCAGAAGGCUAAUACCCGCUAUCUGGUCUCAACACGUGGCACACUCGAGUCCAUGUACAAACUCCGUCAGCUGGUCGCCGUCAAAGUGCCCAUCAAAACGUAUGUGACCGGACAGGAGAUCUCAACACAAAUGGCUCGUCUGUGCUAUGAGAAAAUCGUCAAGGGACACAUCAGC